AAAUCAAAAUGAACUCGAAAGUGAACUCGCUGGAGGAGAAAGUGAAACUGCCGCCCACGGAGACAAUAAGCCGCUGCUACCAGCCGCAGCAGAGCAAUCGCAAGGUCAUCCGCAUCCUGACCGUCGCCGUCUACGUCCUUUGCGUCUCACUGGCGGCCAUCAUGCUCUCACUGUACUACAUCUUCAUCUGGGACCCCACCAUCCGUCCCUUUGUCACCAAGGCCACGCAUUGCGAUAAAAUUGUGAUACCCGAGAAAAUAGCCAUCCGCCUCCUUAACUCAUCGGAAGUGACCGCGGAGCAGUUCUACAAGCACAUCCUCGACCAGUACCGCAUCCUGAGCCACCUGCAACAGCAGCGCCAACAGCUCCUGCAACGCCAGCACCUACAGUUGCAGCAGCUGGAGGCGAGCAAUCGCUUCCAGGAGAUCUUCGCCACGGCCACGAUCAUCCAGGCCCAUCCGCAUCCGCAUCCCCAUCCCCAUCCGCAUCAACGGGAUCCGCUGAAGCAGCCGCUCCUCGGGCCAUCGGCCGGCGGGAACAGCAGCAUCAGCAGUGACUUGGACGGUGAUCCGGAAGGACAUCUACCGCUAUUGCCGCUGCUGGACACCUCGCCGCCGGCGGAGGGCAUGACCGGAAUGGGUCAUUCGAAGCGCAAGACCCACCGUGGCCACUACAAACACCAUCGGGUACGGGUGGGCGGUGGCGGCCCCAAGAAGCUAUCCGUUGCUAACCCCAACUCUGUCGCGGGCUCCACAUCCACGGCCAGCUCUACGCCGAGCACCACCAGCGGCGGAGAGGCAUUCGUGGCGGCCACGGCAGCCACCUUGCCACACGGCUACAUGGACACGCCCCUCAACCCGGCGGCUGGAACGAUUGUUCAGCCGCCACAGCUGCAGCUCUACACCUCCAUGCCCAUUCCACUGAUCCUGAGUCCCAGCGAUGAGAAGCGCCCAGCGCACCACGCCCACGGUCAUGCCCACGGCGAGAGGCGGGGCGGCGGGACACAGAACGGCGGACGGCGACGCACCACAACAGCUUCGGUCUCCGGCUACGAGGCCCAGACCUACCUCAACCCGUUCCUCACCGGCGAGCUGAUCUUCGAGAAGUAAAUGACCUCGGAGGAGGACUAAGGAAUACACAUCAGCCAGGAGGAUGGGGUUCGGGAUCGGAGGAGCACCUAUUACAUCCCGACUCACACACACACAGACACUGUUUAGAGGGGGCAGGACUACUCUUCAAGUGGGCUCAGAACUGGCAAACGAGGAUACAGGUCAUCUUUUGUCAGUACUGAGCUUUGGAACAGACUAUAUAUAUAGAGCCAGAUUUGGCCGCAUAUAGAGGUUUAAUAAUGUUAUGUACUGCAAAAACAAAAGGAUAGUUGAAACCAUAGCCAAAAGAAAGAUAUAGUUAAUAUACCAAAUGAUACAUAAUGACAUACACCCACAGCCACACCCACACCCACACCCAUACACGCAUUAUACGGGACCCACUUCAGUAGAAAUGUCACUCGAUAAGGAUCCAGGAUCACGGAUCAGGCGGCUCACCUCACCAAGCUCAGCAGCAAACUCACCCCACCUAGAACACUGCUUCCAGGCAGCUAGCAAAUGCUACACCAACUACAAUAAUUAGCCAAAACCGAAAAGUAGCCAGUAAACCAAUUAAACCAAUAACCAAAAAUACUAAAAAAAAAUACCAAAUUAGCGAAAAGGAAUACCAUCCAUGGAGUACCCCGCCAAGGUACCAAGGAGGCGGAUUAAAGUCACUAUAAUCAGCAUUUAAAACACAUCUACACAUCAGCAUCUCACAAGGAACUGCUUCUAUAAGAACUGUCAGAUAUCUGUUAUACGAUUAUCAUCCAAAAAAGAUAAACAUUUCUCGAGUUAUGUUACGGUAUUAUAUAGAGGGGCCUAUAUAACCCACAUAUAACCGAUGUCUGACGUGACUUUUUCUCGGUCUAUUCACAUACUUGAAAACUAAUUGAAAAACAGAGCUACACUAAGAGAAAAAUGGGCAAAAUAUACAAUAUAGAGGAAUAUAUGUAUUAGAGGAAAGGUUGAGAGAAAGGGAAGGGUAAGGGAAACUGCAUCUGCAUUCAAGGACACGAGAAUUGAGAAUUCAUCAAUAAUAACUAAAGAAUACCAUAUAGAAUUGAAUCUGUAACUGAUGGGCAUAUACCGCAUAUAUAUAUCUUAUAUACCGCAUGUAUAUCUUAUAUAUGUAUACCAAAAAAAAA